AUGGAAUCAAAUGAAAGGACAACGUUCCAAAAGCAGAAAGAAAGCUUAAUCAAUGAUAUUGCUCUGGGACUCGAACAAGUUAUCAAUAAUAUAAACGUUCUUAACAAGAAUCUUGAAGGUGCAAUAGCGAUCGGGAAAGAGUUUGAAAACGUUGCAUCUCUCUGGAAGAAUUUCAAUAGUGCUAUUGUAACAAGUGCUUCAGAUGAAGAUUUGAAAGAUACAUAA